AUGCAAGCUUUCAAGAACCUAGUCUGGCUAGGGGUGGCCAGUGUAAGCCAAGCAAGUUGCUUGGGCCAUGCUGGCAGGGCACCAAACACAAAUGCAACGUUGGGGACAUUCCUACACAACCGCAUCAGUCCCAACUAUUCUGAACUCUACAUAGCAGAUGCAAACGGCGCCAAUGAGAAGCUUCUGCUCGGCUCCAACACUGUCUUUGACUUUCGAGCCAACUGGUCUCCGGACGGAAAUCAUGUCACGUUCACGUCGGAGCGGAGGGGCGAUGGCCAGUCGGAUGUCUACCGUGUAGGUAUAAACGGCUCAAGCACGGCUUCAUCACCAGAGCUGCUUGUGGCAUCGGAAGGUGUUGACGACUCUGCCGCGAUUUCCCCCGAUGGCAAGAUGCUGGCAUUCGCGACGAGUCGGUUCAACCAGACCAGCCAAAUCAUGCUCAUGGUGAUGGAGACGGGCGACCUCAAGAACCUCACCCUCAUUGAUGGAAUCGCGGGUGCUGCCAAUCCCACGCAGCCCAACGGAUAUUUCAAGCCCGCCUGGUCUCCCGACGGUGAAUGGAUCGUCUUUACAUCGGACCGCAACACCCCUUGGCGAGGUCAUAGCGACGGUGCUGGGUGGGAACAUGUGCAAGAACUUUCCAUUUACGUUGCUCGUCCCAAUGGAACCGAUUUCCGUCUCGUUUCGUCGCGCGCAAACUAUACCCAGGGCUCACCCAGGUUCUCUCCCGAUGGCAAACGUCUAGUGUUUUACGAGAUUCUGACCGAGGAUACCUACGACGCCCGCCUUCAACCCUCGUUGCUAUACGGCACGGUCCUGAACUCUAGCAUCGUCUCGGUUGACUUUGCCACCGGAACAGAUCGCAUUGUUCACGCAUCUGGUACUGGAGUCAGGAUCAGCCCUUCAUAUGUGACUGACGAUGUCAUGGGCUACGUUUUGAAAGAGGCGGAUAGUAACGGCAUUUAUUAUGCUUCCAUAUCCGGCACAAACUAUACCCAGUACCAGACCAUCCCAAUGAAUACAAUGACGCCUGCGCUCCGAUCGCCAGCAUGGUCUCCAGACGGCAAAUACAUUAUAUACGAGAAACAAGGCCCUUCUGGAGGCAGCACUUCGACCUCGAAAGAGCAACAUGCGGAACUGUACAGUUUUGACCAAGAUUGGGAUUACCGGUUCACCGACGUCUUUCCCAUGGGGGCAAGAUCUGGCUGCCCCAUGAUGGUCAUGUCGCAGCAAAUGGAGGGGCCCGCGAUUAAUAACUUGAUUCGGUUGAACAUGGAUGGUGACGACCAGGUUACCUUGUACGAGCCGACUGAAGAUACCAUUAAUCCUGCUAUCUCAUCGGGAUACAACGCGCGUGCCUAUCAGGGCAACUGGGGACCGAAUGAUACAAACAUCACCUUUGGCUUUGGUGCUUAUUUUGUCGGUCGCCAAAGCCUGCCCGGAUUUAUCUACAGCAUUGGCGCAGAUGGAUCAGACUUGACGCUUCUCGCGGGCAACAAUAUUAGCAACUAUGGUUUUCCAUCCUUUAGCCACGAUGGUUCCAAGGUUGUCUUUCGUACGUGGCCCGGCACUGCAGACAAUGGCACCACGGUGGGCACCACAGGACUAGCCAUUGUUGAUGUAGCCACACGGAAAGUGACGCAACUCACCACGGAAUGGGACAACCUGCCGGCUUUUUCUCCCGACGGCAGCAAGAUCUUGUUUACGCGUCGCACCAAUUUGGCCAACAUUGGCGACAACUACGACAUCUUCACCAUGAGUCCAGACGGCACAGACUUGACCCAGGUCACGGACUCAGUGGCCAGCGAUGCCCACGCUGUCUGGACUCAUGAUGGUCGCAUUGCCUAUAGCACCGCCAUGUUUGGUUUUCAACAAGAGGCGCCGCUAUAUGACGAUUCCAUGCAGCCGUACGCCAUCAUCAUGGUCAUGGACGCGGAUGGCAGCAACAAGACGCCAUUGACCAAUAGUUUAUGGGAAGAUGCCAUGCCCAUGUUUGCCCCAGCCCAUACAUUGGCUUCGACUUGUUGA